CGUCAAAAAGUGAGGCUGCAUGCAGAAGCUCAGCCUGGUCGAUUAUUUUCUGCCUAUCAAAUAUUCCCUUGGACGUUGAGGCGCGAACCUUCUAACUGUUGCUCACUGCCACAUUUAAGAGGGCGGUCUAGGGUUGAGGUUCAUGGGUUCAUGCACUCCAAAAUCUACACCGACCAAUUAGAAUAUCAACUUAAGACUCGAGAAAGAGAGACAGAACGAUAAGCUAUGGAUGAUCAAAAUGUGCUCAAAACUGAGGAUGGCGAGACGCCUUCUCAAGAGAUAGACUUCGUCACUUUAGGAAUGUUUAUUAUAGAUGAAAUUGAAUACCAGCCGCCGCAACCCCCGGUGAGAGAUAUCCUCGGCGGCGCCGGCACCUACUCCGCCCUAGGGGCCCGGUUGUUCUCACCGCCACCGCUCUCAAACUCCGUAGGUUGGAUCAUCGACAAAGGUUCCGACUUCCCGGAAGCGCUAGAAGAUCUCAUAUCCACCUGGGAGACCUCCGUGCUGAUUAGACCUACGCCAGAGCGUCUUACUACCCGCGGAUGGAAUGGCUAUGACGAGCACCAGAACCGUGCUUUUCGCUAUAUGACCCCCAAAAAGCGUCUGACCGCCGAGGAUCUAACCCCAACUCUACUCGCAUCCCGCUCCUUUCACCUCAUCUGCUCGCCGACCCGGUGCCGUGAGCUGGUGUCCGAGAUCCGCGCUAGGCGGAGUGGUCUGACCAGCGCAGACGGUGGCCCAUUACCUAGGCCCAUCUUCAUCUGGGAGCCCGUACCGGAUCUGUGUACGCCGGAUGAGCUGCUGAACUGUACUAAUACUCUCCCUCUUAUCGACAUUAUUAGCCCAAACCAUUCCGAGCUGGCCGGCUUCAUGGGCGACUCAGGGUUAGACCCGGACACGGGUGAGAUCAGCACGAAAGCCAUCGAGCGGGCCUGUGAGCAGCUAUUAGGUUCUAUGCCGCUGCAGUCCUUCGCCAUCGUGGUCCGCGCCGGCGAGAAGGGCUGUUACCUAGCGCGGAAUGGUGGGCGAAAGCGCAAAGUACCCGGCAAGCAGCCGAAACGCAAGAAGCCAUCCGCCUUAUUACAUGGUGGCUUACAGCCGGACACGGAUAUGGAGGCGCUCUUCGCGGGGCUCCUGCAGGACCCUGAGGGCAUGGUCUCCCGCGAGGAGAUUGAAGUCGACCCAGGUGUCGAGCGUUGGCUCCCCGCGUACCACGCUGGCUCGCCCGACCGUGUCGUUGACCCCACCGGCGGUGGCAAUACUUUCCUCGGCGCCCUAGCCGUCGCCUUGGCAAGGGGGAAGAGCCUCGAAGAGGCAGCCGCAUGGGGCAGCGUCGCGGCUAGCUUUGCCAUCGAGCAAGUUGGCACACCAACGCUAGGCAAGAUCCAAGACGGGAAAGAAGGCGGCGAAACGUGGAACGGAGUCCGUGUCGACGACAGGUUCGAAGAAUUUAAAGACAGGCUGGCUUUUACUAGUUGAUUAGCGUGACGAAAUACCGAGAAAAAAACCCGAAGGGGAGGAAAAGAAAGAGUAUGGAUGUAUAGAUGGGUGGGUAGGCUAGAUGAAUUCAAGGAUAUGAUAUUUAUCUUGCGGAGACGCGAGGGUAAUAAAAAACGAGAGCGGGUGCGGCUUGGUAUAGAUCAUCAUGUCAAUCAAUUAAUCACGUUGGGGAUCUGGUAAUGGGGAUA